ACUGUAUGAAAUAAUUUGUAAUGUCAUUUUGCGGUUGUGUCUCAGAAAAUGUGUUCAAUAUUUGGAAAUUUAAAUUGAAACUUGUAAAAAUUAGAUUUUUAUUUUUAUUUUAUGUUUUGAACCCGUCAUACGAUGGAGACAGUUUGUCAUUUCUUUCGCACCAAUUACAUAUUGGCGAACUGUGAGGAUGUGAUCUGCAAGAAGGCAUUCUCCCUGAACUUGUCCCAUUACCAAAUGAUCGAGCUGCCAGCCAUCAUCGAGCAUUGCGAGUCGUUGAUGAAACUCUUUUUGAACCAAAAUAAAUUAACAAAGGUGCCCGGCAGUUUGGGUAAUUUGACUCGUUUGCAAGUCUUGGCACUGGAUUACAAUCAUCUCGAUGAAUUCCCCGCCUGCAUCUGUGAAUUGGUCCGUUUGAAGUUCCUCAACGUGAGUUGCAAUGAGAUUCAUUGUCUGCCCGCGGAACUUGGACAUUUGACCGCCCUGGAGACGUUUUGGUGCAAUAAUACAGGUCUCCGGCGAUUGCCCCCGGAAAUUGGGAACUGUGAACGGUUGCAAACGUUGGGUGUGCGUGGAAAUCGUUUGCAAUCCUUGCCAGAUUCAAUCGGCCAACUGGCCGAGUUGCGUUGGCUAACGGCGGAGAAUAAUCGGCUUGGGGAAGUGCCUCAAACAUUUGGAUGCCUACAGCAUUUAAUCCAUCUCAAUCUGAAGGGUAAUCAGCUGCGUCGUUUGCCUGCAAUGCUCAUGUCAAUGCCAAAUCUGAAAUUUGUAUUUCUCAACGUUAAUCGAAUUGAUCAAAUGCCGUCUGAAGCGGAACUGGAGAUGCUACACUUUCUGCGCAUGUUGAACUUAACCCAGAAUCCCAUAAGCAUUCAGCCGGAGCUGCAGCAACUGGCACAGACUCAAUCCCACAUUUAUGUGGAGCGGCUGCUGGAGGAGCCCAGUGAUUCGCGGCCAAUGAUGCAAAGGCUACAACAGGAGCAUGCGGAACUGGAACCGGAAGCAAAUGCGAAUCUGGAGCCGGAAUCCUCAUCGGAUUGGGCAAAUAGUGCGCGCACCAGCCAGCUGGAUAGUUCAGAUGAGAGCACAUUGGAGAAUACCAUUGAGGAUUUAAGCGUUAUGCUGCCGGAAAUGUCGCGUUUCAUUACAACUUUCUGAGACAUAUAAACAUUAUUAAAUCUGUAGAGUAAUUU